GCCCGAACUCUUUAGUUUAAGAAGGUAGGAAAAAUUAAAAUGGAAAGGUUCAGAUGCAACAACUCUGCAAAUGAAAAGGAAAGAUUUAAUGAAGACGGCUUAGGAACGUAUACAUCAGAUGAACAGGUGAGAUGGUAUAAUGAUUCGAAUGAUGACGUAGUUGUGUACAUCAUGAUUCCACCAAAUGCUAAGCACAUGCCUGAAAAAUCAUACAGUACUGUAGCGUAGAACAGAACACGUGAGUUUUGCAAGCUGCAGUGAAUCGUGAAAUUUAAGUCAAGGGAUGUAAAAAAAAAAAAAAAAAAAAAAAAAAAAUAUGAAAUUUGUAUUGAUACAAAAUUUGUUUGAGCUUGUAAUUCAUUGCUUGAUUAGUUUUCUCAAUUAGAAAUAUUUUGAAGCAGAUACUAGUACUUGCCGGUGUACCACUAGCACACGCAGGGAAAAUUGCCGCUAGUGGAUUUUGUCGCUCUAAAUUGUAUUCUACUUGGCCAGGAGCGACCAAAUCCACGAGCGGCAAUUUUCCCUGUUACGACCGGUAAAUAUAUUUGAGAAGGAUUAGUCAAUUUCUGCUUCAGUUCUGGAGCAAUAUGAAAAUAGGAAAUUGUGCAAAAACUGCCAGUGGAACAUGUUCAAAAUAUAACUAGAUAAGUACCGUGUGAGAGUUACAGUAAAAUAUGACAACUCUAUGGCCAGUAUUACCUAGGUUGGGAACACUUCCGCUAUAGCGAGAUUUUCUCAUUAAAAUGUGAUUAUCCCUCUUUAGCGAGAAAGUAAUUAAACAUGACCAUAGAGUUGUUUUGAUUUAAAAUAAUGGCAAAUUCCGUGCAAUGCUGAAUAAGUGCAACACACACUCAACAUGAUGCAAAUUGUGUCUAUAAAAUGGAUAAAAGAAUCAAGAAAUUUCAUAACAUUGCUGCAUUAGUGGGAAGGAGGCUGAAAUCCAAUGCACAUAUUGUGAGUGUUUUUGUUUUUAUUUAUAUAUUUGCAAAAGUAUCAGGCAUUUCAGCACCUUUUUUUCUUUUCAUGUGAAACAUGAAGAGAUGUACUCCACAUGUGUUUUUCUUGGUUAUACGGGUUAUAUUUACUCUCGCUAAAGAGGUAUAAUCUCGUUUUUGCGAGAAUAUCUUGCGGUAGGGGAAGUGUUCCCAACCUGUUACCUUGGGAAGUCACUAGUGAGUCUAGCGAGGAGGAUCUUAUGUCCAGCAAGGAGGAUCCUAUGUCCAGUGAGGAGGAUCCUAUGUCCAAUGAGGAGGAUCCUAUGUCCAGUGUGGAGGAUCCUAUGUCCAGCGAGGAGGAUCCUAUUCCAAUUUGUAUACUGGAAAAAUACUGAAUUGGAAGAAGAAAAUUUUCAAGCAGGACCUCCUCUGUCACAAUUAAUGUCAUCUUGUAUGAGUGGUAAAAAAGAAGUUGAGGAGUCAGUGUCUCAUUACUUUAAGUAUUUUGCAGUCAGAAGCCAUGCCGAGAAAGAGUUAUUUGAAUUGCCAUCCCUUAAGAGAGAACAACAUCUUCUUUUCUUAAAGAAAGGAUUACAACAACUUUCAAAUUCCUAUGAGUGUUUAGAUGCAAGUCGUGCAUGGCUGUGCUACUGGAUCCUGCACAGCCUGGAAUUACUGGAUGAACAAGUAUCUGAUGAUGAGAUUUCAACGAUUUCCCAGUUCUUAGCAAAAUGUCAGUGUCCAGAUGGGGGCUUUGGAGGUGGUCCCGGACAACAGGCACAUUUAGCCCCGACCUAUGCUGCAGUGAACGCGUUAUGUAUUCUGGGUACAGAGGAUGCUUUCAGGGUCAUAGAAAGGGAAAAGCUUCAGUCAUUUCUAAUGAGAAUGAGGACAAAGGAUGGUUCCUUCAAAAUGCACGAAGGUGGAGAGGUAGACAUAAGGGGAGCUUACUGUGCUGCCAGUGUAGCCAGACUGACUAACAUCAUCACUCCCCAGAUGUUUGAUGGAACCCCCGAGUGGAUCACAAGCUGCCAGACAUACGAGGGUGGAUUUGGGGGUUACCCAGGACUCGAGGCUCAUGGAGGGUACUCAUUCUGUGGACUAGCAGCCCUGGUUAUACUGGGACACGGGAAGCUGUGCAAUAUAGAAAAACUAAUGCAGUGGACAGUAAACCGACAGAUGAGAUACGAGGGUGGCUUCCAGGGGCGGACCAAUAAACUUGUAGACGGCUGUUAUUCCUUCUGGCAGGGGGGAGCCCUGCCAAUUAUCCACAUGAUACUAGCUCAGGACCACAAUGACUGCCUCAGCUCUGAGAAAUGGAUGUUUGACCAGGAUGCUUUACAGGAAUAUCUUCUCCUCUGUUGUCAGCAUGCUGGGGGAGGACUGAUUGACAAACCAGGAAAGGCUCGUGAUUUUUACCACACCUGUUACUGUCUGAGUGGAAUGGCCAUAGCACAGCACUUUGCUGGUGGAAAAAUUGCCCACCUGCAAGUACUAGGAGAUCCUCGAAAUGAAUUGAAACCCACCCAUCCAGUAUUCAAUAUAGGACUAGAGGCUUUCACCCAUGCCACACUCUUCUUCAACAAGCUACCAGUACCGUCCAUGUCGUAAAGAAGCCCAGCUUUUAAUAUCCUUCCAGCACAGUUGUACAUUUGCGAUUGGUCAGUGAACAGGGAACAUUAUUGUUGUGGUACCCGCAUGUGUGUGCAUGUAACAAAGCAUGUGAAGAGGGGCUGUACUUAUUUUGAAGAUCUGGGUUGUUGCACUUCGAUAUUUGACAAGAAAGUAAUCUUUAGAUGAUACCUAGCCAAUAUAUGAUUUAUUUCUUCAUUGUUGAUUUUGAAAUAUUUUCUGAAUUUUUGUAUCAAUUUACCAGAUCAAUGGUGAAUGUGACCUUAAGAUUAGAGCAUUUUUAUUUAUUUUUUUUUUUUUACUUAUUUGUACUUAUUAAAAUAUUGCAUCAUUAUACACUUGAUAAGUUGGUAUUAUAUUGUUUUCUUUUUUAUCAAGAUUGUGAGAAUAUUGUUUGACAUUUUGUUCAUUGAAGCAGGUUUUAAGUUAAUUUACAAAACAAUAAGAACUGUAAUGUAACAUUGCUAAAAUAAGGCCUAACACAUUGCAAAUGGAUAUGAUACAUACAAGUGUAAACUGACUUUUUUAGUAGCGUGGAUCGAAAGAAAAUAAAAAAAUCAAAGAGCUAUGAUAGAAGUUUUGUGUCCUGCACAGGAAUAAUGAUGUUUGAUGUAUCAUGAUUAAGAGUGAACUCUAAUUUGUGAGUUUAUUUCAUUACUGUAAGAAAAAAUUUUUAACCAUCUUUUUUUUUUUUUUUUAAUUCAUAGAGAUCCUGGUACAAUACGAGUACUCUCCCUUUAUGUAGGCUGUACAAGGAGAUUUCUCUCAUACUAUAAGAGCAUUGUUGUAAUUGUUAGGUAUGCAAGUAUAUUACUUGCAGUUUAUCGACAGACAUUGUACAAUGUAUUUCAUGGCAAUAUUCUUCUCAUCUCUGUUCAGGAGCACCAUAGUAGUGCAUUUCGUACUGGUACCCCUCCUCUGCCACAUUGAAGGAGCUUGCCAUCAUUUGCUCAUUACACCAUGAUAGAAGACGAACUUUCCAUGGCAUCAUUUCAUUUUUGCCCUGGAUUACUAUCAGAAUGUGUUGUAGGUUAUUAGUGCCAUAAGUGUGUAAACAUGUCGUGAAUUGAUGUCAUUUUAUUCCUAUCUCUUUGUAAACCAGAACCAAAAUACAAAUCAAUCCUUCAG